UCUAGCCACAAUAGGCUAUAUGGCCCCUGAAUAUGGACUUGAGGGAAGAGUGUCUAGGCAAGGUGAUGUGUAUAGCUAUGGAAUUUUACUUAUGGAGACCUUCACACAGAAAAAACCCACUGAUGAAAUGUUUGUGGGAGAGUUUAGCAUCAAAGAGUGGGUGAAAAUGUCGUGCCCUAAUUCACUACUUGAUAUCGUUGAUGCAAAAUUAUUGGUGGAAGAAGGAGAAACAGAUACUAAACAGGACUGCUUGUUGUCUAUAAUGACUUUAGCUCUGAAUUGCUCAGCUGAGUCUCCGGGUGAAAGGACAAGAAUGAAAGACGCUAUGAAUGCUCUUAAAAAGAUUAAAAGAUUACUCUUGAACUAAAAUAUAUGCUUUAGUGUUAGGCUCAAUUUACAUAUUUAGAAUCAUUUUUAGAAGUUCUUGUAACCCCUUUUGAUUAAGAUGUAAC